AUGAACUACAUAUCAGAACAUGGAGUGUAUGUGAAAAGGACUGAAGGCAGCAAAAUCAUCAUAUGGUUGUAUGUUGAUGAUCUCUUCAUUAUUGGUAGCAAUGAGGAGUGCAUCGAGUCAUACAAAGCUGAGUUGAUGAAGGGGUUUGAUAUGAAUUACCUUGGAAAGGUGAGCUAUUUUCUCGGUAUUGAGUUCACACAAACAACAUCUAGAGUGGUCAUGCACCAAACAAAGUACACUCGUGACCUAUUGAAGAAGUUCAAUAUGGAGCAGAGCAAUUUUACAAUCACACCUGCUGAAACUGGUGUGAAAUUGGAGCACAAUGCUGAGGAAGAAGGGGUAGACCCUGUAGUAUAUAGAAGCAUUGUAGGAAGCCUGAGAUAUCUGUGUAACACUUGCCCAGAUCUGAGUUUCAGUGUUGGAGUUGUUAGUGGAUACAUGCAAGACCCCAAAGUUUCACAUUUGUUAGCUGUGAAGCGUAUCAUGACGUAUCUACACGAGACUGAGCAUUUUGGGGUGCUUCUAUCAAAAUGA